AUGGUUGUGAAAUACACCAUGGAAGACCAGGUGGUCAAAAGGGAGAGCAAAUUCGAGCAUGCAUUACCCAAAGCUCUUCGAGACACAGUUCCGGAAGUGGCGGAAAAAACCGGGACCGCAGCUGCAUCCCUCGUGGCAUGGUCGCUGGGAAAUCCCGAUGCACCCGACUCCAGCAUUCCCCGACUCAGCCAGGUAAGCAGAAAGAAGGCACGGGCUCGCGAGAGCGAAAGCAGCAUCGAGGAUGUGAAGGAAUUGGUAGCUCACCUGAAGCGGCGGCCGAUCACUAAGGAGUGGCAGUUUGAAAUCUUGGCCGAAGAUUUGACGCAGGGUUUUGUGUUCUUCUCCCCCAACUUUUCGAGCAGCACAUGGAGGGCAUCACACAGCACGGUCUACGACUAG